AUGCGCGAAUUUAUGCACUACAUCACCAAUGCCUUCUACGGCGCGACCGGUUGGAAUGAUGACAACACAUACAAGGAGCUCAAUGUCACGGCAAGAGAGCUCAUCGACUUCCCGCUCCCCCGAGGACUCCGUCUGACCCUGUCGUCCCUCGCAACCCCGCACUUCGCGACCAGCUACCAACUUGGUAGUGUAGGCAUCGUUGAUGGCUCCAUUUCGUACCUCCACAGCUCGGUCCCCUUGACUGGUAUCGCUGCUCGGUCGGACCGAAUACCCUUACCAGCACUUCUACGAUCGUACCGCCGGCUGCAUGAUCUUGCCUCGAAGGACCAACAACAGUACGUGGGGGCGGAGCCUGCGCCGACGGAGUCAACUUCCCCAGCCGCCCCUAGCGCCAACGGAGGUUCGGAUGUGGAUAACAACACCCUACUAUACGGUCGUUUAUACCUGCCGCAGUCGCUUCUCGAAGGCCUGGUUGUUCAGCGCUUCACGCCAGCUUUGCAGGUUCAGCUUUCGGCUGUCAGCGAACGCUCACUGCGGAAUGGGGGUACCUUGCUCGGGCUCGUUCAAUACGACAAGCGGAAGUACGGGGUCGAGGGGCUCGCUUCGACAGAUGGCGGACUUCUCGGUGUCCGGGGACUGUAUAAUUUUGGGGGGGAUGCGUCUUCCUCUGCCCUGAGCCCGCCCGUUGGUAUAUCGUCUUCCGAGAAUAAUGGCAAUGGCCCUUCGGCGGAAAAAGAGAGGAUAUAUGGCCGUUUUAGUGCCGGCGGCGAAUUGUAUUAUGGAACCCUCAACAAAUCCGGAGGCAUGUCCCUGGGCGCGCGGUUUGCCACUCUGCCAGCACACCGAGGGACCCCGCUGACGGCAACGUUGACCAUCAACCCCUUAAUGGGGAACAUUAAUGCCACUUAUGCCGUCCUCGCAAGAGAAUACUGCUCGUUGGCUACGAAGAUGGAGUUCAACGUCUACAGCUACGAGAGCGAGUGGGCGGUCGGGGUAGAGUUGUGGAGCAAUAGAAGGCCAGCUGGCUUCCUUCUCGGUGCCAACCCCAAUGACCAAGCCGAGCCCGUCCGGGAACCGCCCAAAAGAGCCAAGGAGAGGAGUUUCCAGGCAAAGAUGGAAUGGCGGGUGGACGACCCUGAGCCAGAGCCCACGGGCCCCGGAGCCGGUGGGAAGUCUGCAGGUGAUGGGCCCAAGGAGGAGUAUAGAGGGGUCCUGAAGGCGCGGUUCGACCAGAAUCUCCGGUUCGGCCUGCUUUGGGAGGGCCGUGUCAAGUCACUUAUUUUUAGCCUUGGCACUGGCGUAGAUAUGCGAAGCGGCGCCUAUGAUGGCGCUCGAUUCUUCGGCCGUUUCUGGGGUAAAGCGAGUUGGAGAGAGCUCGGGGGGACGUCGUUGCGGAGAUCUUCGCGGUGGGCCCUCGAGCAACCUGAUCCAACAAUCCGGAAAUGGGGGUCUUAA